UUUGGCGGGAUCUCCAAACACUCCCGGGGAGGGAGCUCUGCGGUUUGAGACCCCGGCCUGAGGAGACUGACGCGCCCUUAGGGGCGUAGUUGGGAGCUGAAGCUCGCUUGGGUUGUGUGCGGAAGGCGGCAAAAAGGGAGUAGAAAAUUUGGCAGCAAGGGAGGGAGUCCAGAGCCCGUCCAGAGUCGUGCGCGGACCGGACCAGCGGACAGAAGUCGGAGCGCGCAGCCCGGCAGAGUGAGGGGCGCUGUGGACCGAGUAUUAAAUGCAAAGUAAUGGCUAUGCAAAUGCAGCUUGAAGCAAAUGCAGAUACUUCAGUGGAAGAAGAGAGCUUUGGCCCACAACCUAUUUCACGAUUAGAGCAAUGUGGCAUAAAUGCCAAUGAUGUGAAGAAAUUGGAAGAAGCUGGAUUCCAUACUGUGGAGGCUGUUGCCUAUGCACCAAAGAAGGACCUAAUAAGUAUUAAAGGGAUUAGUGAAGCCAAAGCUGACAAAAUUCUGACUGAGGCAGCUAAGUUAGUUCCAAUGGGUUUCACUACUGCAACUGAGUUCCACCAAAGGCGAUCAGAGAUCAUACAAAUUACUACUGGUUCCAAAGAACUUGACAAGCUACUUCAAGGAGGAAUUGAGACUGGAUCCAUCACAGAGAUGUUUGGAGAAUUCCGAACUGGGAAGACUCAAAUCUGUCAUACACUGGCUGUUACAUGCCAGCUUCCCAUUGACCGAGGUGGAGGAGAAGGAAAGGCCAUGUACAUUGACACUGAAGGUACCUUUAGGCCAGAACGGCUGCUAGCAGUGGCUGAGAGAUAUGGCCUCUCUGGCAGUGAUGUCCUGGAUAAUGUAGCAUAUGCUCGAGGGUUCAACACAGACCACCAGACCCAGCUCCUUUAUCAAGCAUCAGCCAUGAUGGUAGAAUCUAGGUAUGCACUGCUAAUUGUAGACAGUGCCACUGCCCUCUACAGAACAGACUAUUCAGGUCGAGGGGAGCUUUCUGCCAGGCAGAUGCACUUGGCCAGGUUUCUGCGGAUGCUUCUGCGACUUGCUGAUGAGUUUGGUGUAGCAGUGGUAAUCACCAACCAGGUGGUAGCCCAAGUGGAUGGAGCAGCCAUGUUUGCUGCAGAUCCUAAAAAACCUAUUGGAGGAAAUAUCAUUGCUCAUGCCUCAACAACCAGGCUGUAUCUGAGGAAAGGAAGAGGGGAAACCAGAAUCUGCAAAAUCUACGACUCUCCCUGUCUUCCUGAAGCUGAAGCUAUGUUUGCCAUCAAUGCAGAUGGAGUGGGAGAUGCCAAAGACUGAAGCAUUGGGGGUUGUCCUGUGAGAAACCUUAAGUGCUGCAGCCUAAUGAAGAGGACUGUUCCCUGGGGUUCAUAGGCCUCUUCCUGUUGUAACUGCCAGAAAAAAGCUUCUGGAAAAACAGUUAUUGUAUCGGCUUUUCUGAUGGUAUUAACAGGAGACAGGUCAGUAGUCACAGACUGAUCUGUUUAUUCCGACUGAAGUG